AGUGUAGACUUAGAAUUUAGUAGAGUAAAUGUUAAACAUGAAAAAUACACUGACCUGUUCAAUAUAUCUAAAUUGCUGAAUGGAUCACACUAAAAUACACACUGUGAAAUUCGGUUGUAUGCGUGCGUGUAAUAGAAGCAGAUAAAAUAAAAGUCUUGUGCAUCUAAUCUCAAAAAUUUGUAAUUCAACCGAAAGGAACGAGAGAAAAAAAUACGAUUGACGAAAAAAUUGAGACUAAAACACUAUUGGCACACGAUGAUGAUGUUGUAAUUAGAAUUUACAAUGCGUUGCCACAAAAUCAAUGCAAAUUUUAUUGAUAUUUUUUGUGUAUUUUCUACUCUAUAAAUUAAUAAUUUGACUAUUUGUAAAGGUGGAGCGAGUGAGUGAGAGAGAUAGAGAAUGAAAGAAAAAAAUUCGGAAACGAGAUCGCCUGCUGUCGGUGACAGACAAUGUCGACUGUGUGGUAUCGAGUGAAAAUAUAUGGAAUGCGCUCACUUGUCAAAUUAAAAUGCACAACCAUGCUCAUUGCUCACACAUACACACGCAGCGCUAACGAAAGAGGGAUACUGUGAUGGGAGAAUCAAUCAUUCAAAACACAUUUCACCGUUUCUGUUUGAGAGGUUAUACCGCUUCGUGUGAUUCCAACGAAAAUUGACGAUCGGCCAGAGACAAUGAGGUCGACAUUUGUGAUAAUCAUUUGUAUUGGCAUUCUAUCGGUAUUUAUGUUUAUGACCCGAUCCACCGGCUAUAUUGAUGACUUUGACCAAGAAAAAAUUGAGAAACGUAGCCAGAACUUCAAAUCAAAAGCACAAAGUGUAUAUAUGAACGAGAAUCCAGAACAUUUAUUCUGGUUUGUACAGAUCUCCGAUAUUCACAUCAGCAUUUUCCGUGAUGAGCAACGAAUUCGCGAUUUUCGUAAAUUUGCCACUGAGACGUUGGACACAAUCAAACCGUCGGUGGUAAUCGCUUCAGGAGAUUUAACUGAUGCACGAGGAAAAGACUUUUUUAUCAGUCAACAGUAUGACGAAGAGUGGAAAAUCUAUCAUGACAUUCUCACACAGGCGAAUGUGAAAGAAAAGACUAAAUGGCUUGAUCUACGUGGCAAUCAUGACAAUUUCAAUGUCCCAUCGAGCAUGUCAAAUAACUCCCAUUUCAAGCGAUACUCAAUCCAAGGUGCGAAGCAUAAACGUUCCUACAUGGAGAUAGUCAAAGGCUCGAAUGGUGAUUUGUUUUCAUUCAUCGCGGUCGAUGCAUGCCUCGAACCAUCAGGACCAAAAAGACCGUUCAACUUCGUAGGAAUGUUAACGCAAAAUGACACCGUUCAUUUGCAGCAUUUGGUGGAUGAGUCAAGAAAAGCGGGAGUCAAUUACACCAUUUGGUUUGGCCAUUAUCCUACAACAUGUAUAAUCACAAAGAACAAAGAAAAUCGUUCGUUGCGUCGCAUUAUCAGUGAUUACGACACCAGUUUGGCUUACAUGUGUGGUCAUCUGCAUUCAUUGGGCGGAAUGGUUCCUCGAAUGUAUGCGCUGCAAGCCGAUAGCUUUCUUGAACUCGAAGUUGCCGAUUGGAAGACAUGUCGAAAGUAUCGAGUGGCCGCAAUCGAUCAUGGGUUACUCUCAAUCGUCGAUACUGAACAUGGUGUUUGGCCCAUCGUAUUGAUUACGAAUCCGAAGCAUGCACUCUUCCAUAUUCCACAUCGACAUGAAGCUAAGAUUCAAUUAGAAUCGACGCACAUUAGAAUAUUGGCAUUUUCCCCGUCUGGUAUCAAAAGGUGUACGGUUCAAAUAGGCAAUGAACUCAAAGAGACAUGCAAACAAGUUAACGAUAACUUUUACGUUGUUCCAUGGGAUCCAAAGCGUUAUCAAAAUGGAUUGUAUUACAUCACAGUGACGGUUGUGGAUAAUGAUGGCCGGGAAAAUCAAGUGGCACAGCCAUUCAAAUUAGACGAAGAACGAUCGCUGAAAUUCGACUUGUUAGCGCUUUUUGUGCUACAAACGGAUGCAACAACCAUAUUCAAGAGUAUGUUCUGGUUUUCACUGGUUGUUUGUGUUGCUCCAUUGAUUUUCCUGCGCAGUUGGCAUGAGCUAGUCAAAGUUGGUUUACUUAACCGACGACGCAACACCUGCCGUUCAUCCAUGUCAUGUCUACAGCAAUUUUGGAUUCUAUCAUCAGUGGAUCGAAUCUUCUGGCCAGUCAUUUUGUACUGCUUCUAUUUGGCAGUCGGACCAUGGGUAAUCUGUGAAAUAGUUGAUGGUCGGUAUGGGGCAGUUUUCGUGUGGGGAAUCUAUUUGGAUGGAUCAUUCUUGCCUGGAUCUCUUACAUUCUUUUAUGGAUUCUCACAAUUGCUACUAUGUCAAUGUCCGUUGAACUGGAUAUACUCAAAGUGUCUCUCAAAACGAUACUAUCAAGUGAUUGGAAUGCCAACGAAAAACCACCGUGGAUGGUGGACUAAGAUCUCACAGGCUGCAUUCUACUUCAUAAUCGCCAUUGAGAUUUCACUUUCCGUAUUCUUUGGCAUUCUGUACGGUGCGUCCGCAUUUUUCCUAAGCGUGUUCAGAACAUGGUCGGUGGUGUUGAACAUUUAUCUCUAUUAUCUGGCAAACAAUUUACCAGAGGAUGCACUAAGAUCUGUCGUAUAUGUUUGGAGUGGUCCAGAGAAACCUCUCACUGAAAAUCAACAAACGACCGCAACAGAAACUGACGACAGUCAUAAAAACUGAAAUUGGAGCUCAUGCUUCGGACAACUUUACGGAUACAAUUAUUAUUCACAACUUGGCCAUAAUCUCUGUGACUCUUUCUCAUUUUAAGCUGAUGUGAUGUUCAAUGACACGGGUUUUGUCCUAAUUUUUACACACAUUCAAUACAUCACAUGUUUUAGUUGACUGUACCACAUAUAUAAAUGUAUGUUAGAAACCAACCAGAGGCUUUCGUGUUAGAUGACUAUAGAUAAAAUGAAUUCCAAAAUGACUAUAAAGAAUAUUAUAACCAUAAUAUGUGGAACAACAACAAAAAUGGGAUAUUUUUUAGAAAUAACAACCAAAUCGUGUUGAAGUAAACAUAAUGUGUGUUCCAAACUCAUGCUAUCUUUCCAAGCACCAUAUUUAAUUCUAAGCAAUAUAUGAUUUUGAUGAAAAUUUACAAUUAUUUUCAAUGAAACUGAAACAUUAAUAUGUGUAAUAUUUUUCGUACCCAGUGUUUCUCCCGACAACCAUUUGUUGAAAUAAAACAAUGAUUUAACAUA